AUGUCGCAUUUGAUUUAUAUUCCAACUGGCAAUUGUCCAUCGGAACAUUCCAUGAUACCAAACCCAUUCACAUCGUUUUAUUCUUCCAAAAGAGCAGAGACACCACCAUCAAUGGCUGAACCACCGAGUUCAGAAGCUGAAUGCAGUACUAAUACCACUACCAACUCCUCAUCACUCUCACCAACUCCAUCUUCAUCUGGGUCAACUCUGUCCCUGCACAUCAACUCGGUCCCAAACCCAAGGAACCAAACAGUAAAGCACAACUUACAAAAGAAGAGACCGAGACCCCCGAAGACAACAAGAACAAGUACAAGAGAUGGUUGUGAUAAACACCCAGUUUACAGAGGAGUUCGUAUGCGAAGUUGGGGGAAAUGGGUGUCCGAAAUUCGCGAGCCUGGCAAGAAAUCACGUAUAUGGCUUGGAACUUUCGCCACUCCUGAAAUGGGCGCCAGAGCCCACGACGUGGCGGAGCUGAGCAUUAAAGGUAACUCAGCGGUUCUCAAUUUCCCUGAACUCAGUGAGUCCUUGCCUCGUCCGUCUUCACGUUCUCCGCGCGACAUCCAAGCUGCGGCGGCGAAAGCAGCUGCAAUGGAGGAGCUAAGUUCACUGACUUCGUCGUCAUCGGAUGUGUCAACAACUUCGUCUGAUGAGCUGGGCGAGAUAAUAGAGUUGCCGAGUUUAGAAGGGAGCUAUGACCCUCCCGAGUUACGUACCGAGUUGACACUGGUGGACUCGGUUGAUGGGUGCCUGUACUCGCCGUGGUGGGUGUCGGAAAUUGACUUUUACGGGUGCUUUUCUGAUCAGAUUCCGGUGGAAAGUUUGAUGAUUCCGAGCAACUUUGAGACACAAACAUGGGAUUCAUUCAUAUAAUUAACUGGUGUGGUUUUAUGCCUUUAUUGUAAGUUAUAGCAAAUGAUCAUCUCUAUAUAUGUUUGCUGUACAUACUCUUGUUCUUGUUCUUCUGAGUCAGAAUACUGUCAUAUGUGAAAAUAUUAAAUACAAUUAAAUACAG